AUGGCUGUCCACGCGAGUGGUUUGCUUUUGGUCCUCUGUACUCUGUACUUCGUCGCUCCUUUUAAGUCACUGAUUUCAUGGCAUCCCCUCUUCAUGGUGCUUGGUCUUUGUGGUUUCUCUUUGCAAGGAAUCAUCGUCUUUAACAAGUACAGCUCCCUGGUUCCGAAUGCCCCAGCUCAUAGAAAGUACACCCUCCAUUGGCUCUUACAAACAUUGGGUCUACUGUCAAUCUUAGCUGGAUGCGCCGUCAUCUUCAAGGUAAAAAGUGAUGGCAACAAAAGCCACAUGACGACAUGGCAUGGAUGCUUGGGCUACGCUUUCCUGUUACAUGGUCUCUUACAAUCAUUAUUCGGUGUCGUUAAACAUUGCGCAUUCCUACGUCCUUGGAUGAAUCCGCGAACCUUUCAUCAAAUUCACGCGGUUUCUGGAGCCGUCUUCUUUUCUCUCGGCUGUUUAGUGACCGCCUUGGGCCUCCACAGUGACUGGUUCCAGCAGAAAGUUCUUGUGGACGUCAUCCAAGACCAGGGUGUUCGCCUACUCAUCGGCUAUUUCCUUACCUUCCUUCUUGGUCUUUUGGCAAUAGUGGCUCUCAAACAGGUUUAUGACAAGUACUUUUCAAGCACUGGAGGCAAUAAAAACACCUCAAAUGCUCAGUCGAAAAAGCCAAAGAGGUCUAAUUGA